AUGAUCGAGACCGUUAUCAGCAUAGCAUUCUGCCUGUCUAGUGUCCUCACUGUGUUGAUCCUGCUGCUUCCUUCGCAGUACGUGCCAGAACGAGCAAAGUCUGGAGGGAGCUCAAAUGACACUGAACAGCACAAGACGAGUGUCCAAAUCCUUGUUCUUGGCGACAUUGGCCGAAGCCCCCGUAUGCAGUAUCAUGCAUUGAGCAUUGCGAGGAAUGGUGGGAAGGUGGUCAUUAUUGGGUACAAUGAGUCUGAUCCUCAUCCUGAUAUCACAACUCAUCCAAAAAUCUCAAUUGUUCCGCUUCGCCCGCACCCCAGACUUCUGCAAACCAGCAACAAGCUUCUGUUCAUAAUAUAUGGGCCGUUGAAGGUUUUAUUCCAGAUAGGUUGUCUCUGGAAGUGCCUUGCAUAUACCACGACCCCGUCUCGUUGGCUCUUGGUUCAGAAUCCACCUUCCAUACCUACACUUGCUAUUGCCUCAAUUGUCUGUUUCUUGCGGCAGACAAAACUAAUCAUCGAUUGGCAUAAUUUUGGAUACUCUAUACUCGCGCUGAAACUCGGCCAAAGCCAUCCAUUGGUGAAACUGUCGAUAUGGUACGAGAAGGUGUUCUGCAAAUCCGCUUCAGCUCAUUUGUGUGUCACCAAUGCCAUGAAAACCGUCCUCAAGACAGAUUUCAAUCUCGAGGCCCCCAUCUUGCCACUGCACGACCGACCUGCUAGUCAUUUCAAACCAAUACUUGAUUCAAAUGCACGGACAGCGUUCCUUUCGAAACUGCCAGAAACAAAGGAGGCCUUUGCCUCUCUGAAACCAAGUUCCCUUCGGGUACUGGUCAGUUCAACAUCGUGGACACCGGACGAGGAUUUCUCAGUCCUCAUUGAUGCUCUUCUUCAGUACUCUGAAAUGGCUACUACAACGCACACUCACCUUCCCAAUGUUUUAGCCAUUAUCACUGGGAAGGGGCCACAAAAAGAAAUGUACCUGGAACAGAUCGCGGCAUUGGAAAAGCGCGACAAGCUACAAAAAGUGACGAUCCGAACUGCAUGGUUGACUGUACCGGACUAUGCUCAGCUGUUGGCCUCGGCAUCACUCGGGGUCAGUCUGCAUACCAGUAGCAGCGGGGUAGAUCUGCCCAUGAAAGUCGUAGAUAUGUUCGGGGCCGGUCUUCCAGUCGUGGGAUGGGAUCGUUUUGAAGCGUGGCCCGAGUUGGUGACUGAGGGCGUCAAUGGAUUGGGCUUUGGAAGCUCAGAGGAGUUGGUCCAACACCUAGUUGAACUGUUCGGAAAUAACGACAAAUUGGAGCUUCUUCGUGUAGGAGCCCAGAAAGAAAGCUCUCGGCGCUGGGACGAUGAAUGGAACCCUAUUGCCGGCUCGCUCAUUGGGCUGACUUGA